UUACAAAUUUACAUUUGUUUUUUGGCCCUUGCCAUCAAAAAGGUUGCCGAAUCUUGGUUUAACAUGCCGACAUCGAUGGUGGGGCAGCUGGUUUUAAACUGCGUUGGAUCACGUAAUGUUGACCUGCACAAUAUUAUAUACAACAUGAUAAGACAAACCAUUGAGUUCGGUGGCUUGUUCUGUCCUUACACAGUACAAUAUAACAUAGUCACCAGGCCGGUGCAUUCGACGUCAAACGUUCAACGUAACGAUAUUAUAAAUAUGUUAUUCGUCUCGAUGUAUUCGUUUUGUACCUUCGUAGGUGCUCUGCUGUUAUUGGUGUUACCUGCAGAACAGUCCGGUGCUAAAAAGAUCGUCCAGCCUGCAAAUGGAGACAUUUACAGUUUCGUCGUCCAUUCGAAAAUCAUGUACAGAUAUGCUCAGACUGUUGUAUCAAGCCGCAUUGCCAACAAGAAAAAUACUUCUCAGGAAAUACAGUUCUACUUAACUCUUCCAGAAUCUGCAUUUGUUUCUAAGUUUUUAAUGGAAAUAAAUGAAAAAGUAUACGAAGCUUACGUAAAAGAAAAGAAAGAGGCCAAAAAGAAAUACACUGCUGCUGUUUACUUGGGUCAGACGGCGGCUCACGUCGAGCAAAAUGCAAGAGAUUCAAAUAAGUUUACUGUUUCUGUAAACGUGGAAGCAGAAAGCAAAGUUACAUUUAAUCUCACUUACGAACAAUUGUUAAACAGGAAAUUGGGAAUUUAUGAAAAUAUAAUAAACUUACAACCAGGACAAGUUGUUAAAAACCUACAAGUUAUAGUAGAUAUCGAAGAGUCUUCAAACAUAACAACAUUGGAAGUACCAGACAUAAAAACAUCAAAUGAAAUCGAUACUAAAAUUAGUAAAAAUAAAUUGGCAAAAAUUACCUAUGAGUCAGGAAACAAAGUGAAGAUAAUAUGGAAUCCAAGCGUUGAGGAGCAGUUAAAAUGUACAAAACUAGGUGUUAAAGGCCAAUUCAUAGUUCAAUAUGACGUUGAUCAUAAAUCUGCACCAAAUCAAAUUUUAAUUGACGAUGGAUAUUUUGUUCAUUUCUUUGCACCAACGGAUUUGAAACCACUAAAGACUCACGUAAUAUUUGUACUUGACGUCAGUAGCUCCAUGUAUGGACAGAGAUUACCCCAAGUGAAAGAAGCAAUGAAUCAAAUUCUGUCAGAAAUGCAUUCCGAAGAUUUUUUCACGUUGAUACUUUUUUCAGAUUUCAGUCAGGUUUGGACAAUAAACAUUACUCAAAAAAAGGAUUUUAGCCGAGACCAAAACUAUAGCAGCAGGCGUAUAGACAAUCAUGUUAGUUGGAAGACACUGGAUGAAAACCGUUUUAUUUUUCCGGCAACCGAGCAGAAUAAACAGUAUGCCAGAACAUUCAUUCAGGAAUUGAAAUGGGGAGGCAGUAAGACUAGAUAUAAGAGUACAAAUAUGGAAGAUGCCCUGACCAAAGCUCACUCGAUCGCCAAAUUGGGCGAAACGCGUUUCAAAGGUGGUGCUAACACUCCAAAACCUAUUAUUGUGUUUCUGACCGACGGAAAAGCAGUCACAGGGAUUACCGAACCCCAGAAAUUGAUUGAAUAUGUUUCCAAAAUGAACGAAGAGAAGUAUCCGAUAUUUAGUUUGGGAUUUGGCGAAGGGGCGGAUAUGGAUUUCCUUAAAAAACUCUCAUUGAACAACACCGGUUUCGCAAGGGUCAUUUACGAAGCUUCAGACGCAUCGUUACAAUUGCGCAAUUUUCAUAAAGAAAUAUCGUCGCCCAUUUUAUCCAACGUCACUUUCAAAUACAUUGACGAUCAGGUCGACAAUGUUACUGUGACGAAAAAAUCAUUCAACCUGUUGUUCAAAGGUACGGAAUUAGUAGUGGCCGGAAAAUUGAAAGAUGGAAAAUUGCCAGAUUUUAACGGAACUUUGAACGCCGAUUCGACUGAAGGGGAUUUCAAAGGCCCUGUCAUUAUCACAUGUUUCGAUUUCCCCAUCGUUCCUCCCGAGGCUGUUCCAACAAUAGGUCAUUUACAGAAAUUAUGGGCGUAUUUGCACAUACAACAAUUAAUGGAUACAUAUGAAUUAAACAAGAAUGAGAAUUCUAUAGAAAAAUCUAAAGCACUUGAACUAGCAUUAGAGUAUUCAUUCGUUACUCCACUGACGUCUUUAGUUGUUGUCAAACCUAAUGAUACAACUACAUCAGUUUCUCCAGAGAAAAUUGAACCGCUGGAUAGAUAUAAUUUAAUAGGUUGGAAUUAUAUGGGUCAUCGCAGAGAAUUAUAUACGUAUUCGGCUGGUUAUAAUUUUCGAGACCACAGCGACAGCGACGAUGAAGAUUAUAGUUUUGAAUCUUUUCCUUUUUCAUCUAUUUCGAGAACUAUGGUUACGGACGAAACCGCAACGACCUCAGUAGAAGAGCCUCCCCAAAUUUUAACAGAUAAAUCAAAUUCUACAUCGUUGCACGAUAUCAAAGAACUAGCAUGGCUGAGUGAUACCAUUACAUUGAACUCAACUAAUACAGUUUACCAAGUAUCAUUGAACACGAGUGGCCAAUCAUAUCAAAACUGUACAACACCUGACCAAAUCCGUGGUAAUUGUAAACAUUUAAAAGACUGCGUUGUGGCAUCAAUCCUGAACUCAUUUGAUACAUACCUUUCACUGUUUUGCUCAAUAGAAUCAUUAUAUGCGGGAAUUUGCUGUUCAGUGUAAAUGGGUUGUAGGUUAUUUAUUUUAAUUGAUUUUUGACUUAUAAGUAUAUUAUGUAUCUUUGCAUCAUCAAAUACAUUUUUUAACUAAUUUACCUAUUAUUUAAAAUUUAUUUUCCAAAAUCUGAAAUCUCAUACAUAUACUAACCUUGCUAUUUCACAAUUUUUAUUUUUCUAAGUGUUAAUUGGUUUGCAUUAUUAUAGUUUUAUUUUGAUAAGUGAUGAGUUUUUUGUGAAUUUAAUGUGUUUUCAAUUGUUUAAUAGUAAAAAGUAAGGUGUAUUGUACGCGUUAUCCUAAUAAUAUUUUCUCUAGAAUGAAUAAUAAAUGUAAAUUAUAAACGUCUUUAAUAAUACUUUUGAAAUUAAUUACAUUAUUUAAAAUAGUUAAGUACAAAAGUAAAUAGAGCUUCACCAUUAAUGGUUUUUAAAAAGUAAUUAUGACAAAAUAAAAUACAUAAUGCUUUAUUUUUAUGAUUUCAUAAGCCUCGAUGCCAGGAUAACACUUAGAUUUCUAACAUAUUUUUUUUUAUUUAUUAAAAAAUAUAAAACUUUAAAUAUGCAAAAUCAUUUAAAUUUAGUACAAUAUGUAAAAAUAUGUUACAUACAUUUUUUGAUUUCUUAAUUAUUAUACCUAUUUGAGAUAUGUGUUAUAAAAAUAAAUUACUAGUUAAUCAGGAUUAGGUAUUUGAAGAAAUAUACCAAUGCAUAAAAUGCUGAGCCUUGUUUAUGACCCUAGCACUACAAAAUGUAUUUAUCAUUUAUGUUUAAGAAUAUGAUUACCACUUUAAUGAAUAGCAUAAGAAAGAAAUUUAAUUUAAAAUUAUUGCCAUUGAUUAUGAUAUUAGUUAAGUGUUCUCUGCUUGGCCAUAUUAUAUGAUUGAGCUGCGUCACUGUGAUAAUCAACUCUUUAUGUAAUAUAUGACCAGAUUAAAAAAUAAAACAGUACUAUAAAAAAAAAGUUGUAUGACUUCUUAUAUUAAUCAAUAAUCAUACACAAUUUCUACAAGACUAGAAAAGUUUAUUUUUAUGUAAAAUAAUUUAAUAAUCUGUUUACGCUACACAAUAAGAAAAAGUGUUAACCUCAAAUAGUUUGUUAGAAGUUAGUUUUGGUUUUGAUUUAAAUGGCAUCUUCGCCAGUUUCUUUUAAGUAAACUAUUCAGAUUACUGUGGAAGGUUUGGAAGGACUUUGAUGAAAUAUUAGUAUUUAUUAACCAUGGAAUUGUAUGUAGAGAAAUUAGGCAGAUUUGUUGACUGUUUAAUUUGCAAAUGUUGUCAGCAUGCAUUUGUGACAUACCAUGGGUGCAGCAAUUAUUAGAUGUAGACAGAUCAAUGAAAUAAAUAAGCAAAUAUUUUAUAAAUAUUAAUUAUUAAUUGGAAUGCUGUACCAAGGUUUGAUGAUUUGGUUUUAUCCAUUAAUUGUAUUCCAUACGUCUGUACUAUUCCUCAUUAUUUCUUUUAUACUUAUAUUUAAGGUUCAUUUUGAAUUCUAAUAUUGGAGACAGAAGGUGAAGUAUACGAAAGUUAAAAAAAAUUGUACUGUAUAUAUAAAAUACAUAGCAAUGAAUAUUUAAGUAUGUGUUUACAUAUAUACAGUAGUCCUUCAAUAAUUUGAAAUUCAGGGGACCGAGUUAAAAAUUUGAUUUAUAGAGGUUUUCAUUUUAUCAAGUGUUUGAAUAAUCAAUGGAAAAAGAAAUUAAUUUGAAUUAAAGAGAGGUGAAAAAUUGUAUUACGUUUAUUUUGAUAUUUACUUAUAAAUACAAUUAUUAAUUGAUAUUUAUUUAUCAUACAUAUUAUUAUAUUUUACAUUAAUUUUUAAUAUUAUUAUAUUUUACAUAUUAUUAAAGAAAUAUGUUAUUUUUUUUGUGAAAAAUUGUUGGCCACAAUCUGGUCCAUGGAGUUGUCUAAUUUACUGAUAGCAUUGAAAAUUGUAUCGCAUCUUUUUUCAUCCAUUUCAGAUUGAUCAACAAAUUAAUGUAAUCCUGUCAUAUAAAUAGAUUCACAAAAUCUUUAUACAUUUGAAUCUACACAUAAUCGCGUUUAAAGAAAUUCGAAUUACAGAGGUAUGUGGAACGAA